AUGCCCGCUGCAGGCCACCGGCUCAACUCGCAGUCCGUGGUCAUCACCAUCACGGACGGAGGCUCGACGCAGCCGGACCAAGAGAUCCAGGACGAGGCAACGCGCCUGGAGAACACCGGCGCACUGCUGGUUGCCGUCGGUGUGGGUGCAAGCACCGAUGAUGAGCUGACGGAGCUUGGCAUUCUCUCGCAGUCCCCAAACAGCAUCUUUGACCUGGAUGCGGCGGAGGAGGCAUACAACAACGGCUCCGACACGUUUAACCAACAGGUUUUGCAGCCCGUGUUCAACCCACCGCCAACAACGACGACAACCACAACGACCACGACCACGACCACUACAACCACCACAACCACAACUGUGGUGACGACCACGUUGCCGUUGGAGCCACUCAACGCGUCCAUGUUCCACCCGCUCGACGCAAUUUUCAUCCUGGAUGGUUCGGGCAGUGUCACGCAGCCCAACUGGGAUCGCCAGGUGGACUUCCUCACCUCCGUUGUCAGCCUGAUUCCCGUCUCUCUCGAUGACAUUCGGGUCGGCGUGUGUGUGCUGUUGGGCAACGCGCAGACGCUGAUUGACCUGAACGGCGCCACCUCCCCCGGCGCUGUCGUUGCCGCAGUCAACGCGUACACGUACGAGAACUUUAACCCGUCUGCCACGGGCGAGGCUCUCAACCAGGUGCACACGUCCAUGCUGCUUCAGGCCAACGGGCGGCGGACGGAUGUGCCUGCCGUUGUCGUCGUCAUCACGGAUGGUGACUCGCAGGAAACCGACGAGUAUGUGCAGGAGCAGGCGGACAUUGUGCGCUCUGGUGUUGACCGCAUGUACAGCAUCGGACUCGACACGACCGAUCCCGAGCACGCUGCGGAGCAGCUGGUGGUUGCCGGCAGCGCUUCUCGCGUCUACGAGCUGUCCACGCUGGAGGGCCAGCUUGCCUCUGAUCAGCCCGCGUUUGAGGAGUCUUUCAUUGGGCCUGUCUUCAUGGGCACUGCGCAGCCAGAGGCAUCGUCAUCAUCAGCGGUCCCACUUCCGUCGUCCUCGUCCCCAGCGCCGCUCCCAUCAUCCUCGCGGGCGUCGUCUGCCGCGCUCAGCACAUCCGCUAUGCUCAGCAGCACCGUGGUGCCAACAAGCUCGAUGCCAGCAGCCAGCACCCCACAACCAACGCCAACACCCUCCCCACAGCUGUGCGCGUUUCUUCCCACCGACAUGGUGCUUGUGUUGGACGCGAGUGGGUCCGUGGGCCAGUCGCAGUUUGACGAUCAGAUCCAGGCUGCCAUCGGCCUCCUUGAAGGUCUUCCCUUGGGUGGCAGCAUCAGGGUUGCUGGUACUGAGAUCAAGUCCUCCCCCGAGGUUGUGCUGACGUACGACCAAGGCUCCAGCUACGACACAGCCGCUGCCACCCUGCAGUCCAUUGCGUACGGUGGGAACCAGGGCUCAGCGGUCGUGGGUGCCCUCAACCUCGCAGCGUCCACCUUUGGCUCUGCUGCACGCAACCUCUUUGUUGUGUUCACGGACGGCGACCCUGCGGACGGGUUUGAUGAGCUGCUGGCGCUUGUGUCCGACAUUCGAAGCACCGGCGACCUUGUGCAAGUGAUUGGGCUGAGCGGGCCCGGUGGCACGUUCAACACGACAGCGCUCGCCCUGCUCUCGGAUGCCAGCACGCCGUACACCACGCUCCCAGCGCUCUUGCAGCAGCAGCAGGACGGCACCGCGUUCGGCUCCUUUGUGCGGCCACUCCUCUGUAUGCUGCCUUCCACCAGCAGCCCCCCCUCGUCCACCCUCCUGCCUUCCUCAUCCAUCCCGCUCAUCUUGUCCUCGACGGUGCAACCAUCGGCCUCAUCCCUGGUCACCAUCACGCCGUCGUCGUCCUUGGCGCUGCCCACACCCUCGCCAACACCGACACCCACGCCAACGCCGCCCUACUGCGACUUCCUUGACUUGGACGUCGCGGUUGUCAUUGAUGGUUCCGGUUCCGUGCCCCGCGCCCGCUUCGACGAGCUCAAGGCCUUCGCCUCGCAGUUCGUGUCUGAGCUGCCACUGGGCGUUGCAGGCUCAACCACGCGUGUGGGGGUCUCCCUGCUCAAGGGCACACCAAGCACGGUUGCCCCGCUUUCCUCGGACACGGAUGCCAUUCUCGCUGCCAUUGCCAACGAGCCCUACGUUUCCAACCGUCCGUCUGCCGCGGCCUCCGCCCUCGCCUAUGUCACAGACACGCUCUUUGGCGCAGCGUACCAAGGGCGCGGCCUGGUGGUCGUUCUCUCGGAUGGCGAUUCCCAGGAGUCGCUCGAGCAGGUGCGGGCUGAAGCCGAGCGCCUUGCAGCCAUUGGCGCCCGCACGGUGGUCGUCGCCUUCCCUCCGCCUGGCGAGGUGGCACUCGACACGGCCAGCCUCUCCUUCUUCGUGCAGUCACUCGCGCGCGAUGUGUUUGCGCUGGAGGACUUGCUCGCGUUGCCCCUUCCGGCAUACCGAGACGCCUUCCUGCUGCCGACCGUGUGUAACGUCACGCUGCCUGUGUCGUCCACCUCCUCCGUGGCGGUGCUGUCGUCCACGCCGUCCCCCACACCGUCACCCAGGCCCUCAUCCAUCACCAUCGUGCCCUCGUUCACACCAACCACGUCCGUGGUGGCGCCAUCGACGACGGUGCUGGUCUCGUCAACCGUUCAGCCGUCUGCCUUCACGUCUGUCGCGUCAUCCACGGCGACGCCGACGGUGACGCCCACAGCGAGCCCCACGCCGUCGCCAGAGCCGCCCUUCUGUGCCUUUGAUGGCGAGGACGUGGUGUUCAUUAUCGACGGCUCUGGCAGCGUGCCGCGCAUCACCUUCAAUCGCUCCAUUGACAUUGUCGCUGCGGCGGUGACCACGUACGCCCGCAGCAACAUCCGCGUUGGCGUCGUUCUUCUCAAGGGCACGCCAGAGAUGGUGGUGCCGUUCACGCCCAGCAGCGAUACGGACACCGUGCUGGCGGCCCUGCGCUCGCUCGUGUACGUCCCGCGUCGCCCCUCGGCCACCGCGUCCACGCUGCGCUAUGUGCGCGAGGCGAUGCUCACCGCCGGCAACGGCUACAGGGGUGGCGCCCUGCGCGUGGUCGUGGUGUCCGAUGGAGAUUCACAGGAGAAUCCCAGCGACGUGCGCGAGCAGGCACGCCUCCUUCGCAGCAUCGGGCCACCGUCUGUGCUGCAGGCGAUUGCGUUCCCACCGCCAUCCACGCCAGGCCAGCUGGACACGGACGCCCUGCUGGACAUUGUGCAGCGCACAGCCAACAUCUUCUCCUUUGAAACGGCGGCGCAGCUGCUGAACAUGGACCUGACGCUGUUCCAGCUCAACUUCUUUGAGCCCAUCUUCUGCGACUUCCCGCUGCUGCCGUCGCCCUCCGUCUCCUCCAGCACAGUGCUGCCAACGCCGUCGUCGUCACCGGCCAUAUCUGUGAUUGCCUCGUCCUCCUCGCCGGUGCUCACCCCUUCGCCGACACCAACGCCAGUUGCGUCAUCACCAGCUGUCAGCAGCACCCCUGCCUUGUCCUCCACACCAGCCGUGUCUUCGACCCCUGCCGUGUCGUCUACACCAACACCGGUUGCGUCAUCACCAGCUGUUAGCAGCACCCCUGUUCUGUCAUCGACCCCAGCCGUGUCACGCGUGGUGACCUCGUCCACUGUGCUGGCGACGCCGACCCCGUCCUCGUCGUUGGUGGUGUCGUCGUCCACGGUAACGCCAACACCGACGCCAACAUCGUCCUCCGUUGCCGUGUCCACGCCUGUUGCAUCGUCGUCCUUCAGCAGCCUUGUAGCGACGCCAACCCCAUCAUCAUCAUCAUCAUCAUUUGUGCUCGUGUCCACGGCCUCGCCGAGCCCUUCGCUCUUCACGCCUUCGCCCAGCGUUUCUGUGUCUGCCUCUGUAUCGGAGGUUGUCAGCAGCACGCCGGCGCUGUCACCGUCACAAUCAUCAUCCGUGUCCGUGACUGUGUCCCCGACCCCAUCUGUGGUGAGCUCGCUCGUGGUGUCUACCCCAUCCCCAACGCCGAGCGCCAUUGUGUCGUCUUCGCCCGUGUUCUCGUCCACUGUGCUGCCAUCCUCAUCGCUGGUCACCCCCUCCCCGAGUGUGUCACCCAUUGCAUCGUCUUCGACCGUGGUGCCCACGCCGUCACCGAGCCCGUCGGCGAUCGUGUCCUCCACCGUGUCUGCCACUCCCUCUAUCAGCAGCAGCGUGGCGCCCUCCUUCAUCUCGACCGUGGUGCCAACGCCGACCACAAGCGUUGUGCAGCCGUCAUCGUCGACAGCUGUGCCCAGCCCAUCCAUCUUCACGCCGUCGCCAAGCGCGACUGCUGUGAGCAGCACGCUCGUGGCCACGCCGAGCCCAAGCCCCGUGUCCAGUACGCUGCUGUUCACACCGUCGCCGUCCGUGUCGCUGUUCUCCCCGACACCGAGUGUGGCUGUAAGCAGCAGUAUUGCGACGCCCAGCCCGAGCGUGUCGCCCAUUUCGCCCACCGUCACCAGCAGCGUGGUGCUCACACCCUCGCCCUCACCGAGCAUCAGCACGCCUGUCGUGUCCUCGGUGCUGGUGACGCCAUCCCCAUCGCCCAGUGUGGUCGUGCAGCCCACCCCAACAGCCUCCCCGAGCCUGUUUACCAGCAGCGUGGCAGCGAGCAGCACCGUCACGGCGUCUGCAUCGCCAAGCCCCGUGGUGUCUUCGUCCCCGAGCCCGUCUCCCAUCAGCACGAGCGCGAGCACGAGUGUGGUGGCGCCCAGCCCGACCACGGCAGCACCAUCGCUUGUGUCCACUUCGACCGUGGCCGCGUCUCCGUCGCCGUCCCUGGUUGCCUCGCCGUCUGUCAGCGUGUCCACGACGUCACCCGUGGCCACCAGUACGAGCGUGGUCACCAGCAGCGUCAGCAGCUCUGCGUCUGUGGUUGCGUCGCCGUCACCUUCUGUGUCGCCAUCUCCAACGUCGACCCCUGCUGCGUCGACCACGCCCACCACGCCCGCACCGUCACCGACACCAACGCCCGUGCCUGUGGACCAGCCGCCCCUCAUCCUCAACGAGCUGCCCCGCAACCUGGCUGCAACACCCGGCAGAGGCCUGUUUGAGUUUACGGUGCCCGAAGACACGUUUUGGGAUGCCGAGGACGGCUUUAUUCUCACGUACGUCCUUGUGCCGCUGACCAGCACCUGGACAAACUGGCUGCAGUAUGACACCGUGACGCGCAUGUUUUCGGGCGUGCCCACAAACGCGGACGUGGGCGCGUACGGCUUCCUGCUGCAAGCGCGCGACUCUGCUGGGCAGUACAGCCCACCGCUCUUCUUCACCAUUGGCGUGCCGCGUGAUGUGCGCCUCAUGCCCGACUUGGUGGUCACGUUGGUGCUGGAAGAGUCGACGCAGCCGCAGGUCUCCGGCCGUCGCCGCCGCCGUCAGGCCGAUGUUGAUGUCAGCGAUGCCAGUGGCGCAAGUGCUGUUGCUGUCACUGGCGCAGGUGCCGUUGAAGAAGGUGCUGCCCACGUGCACCGCGUGGGGCGUGCGACUGCGUGCCCGGCCGGCUCGCUCACGCUGGACCCGCAGGAGCGGGAGGACCUGAUCACGGCCCUGGCGCAGUUCUUUGCCGUGGAAGCGAGCGCCAUCAACCUGGUGAGCAUCACGCCCGUCCCGGAGACGUGCCGUGUUGCCGUGGCCAUCAGCGACAACACCGCCAGCGACUGCCGGGCCGUGGAGCGGCGCGAGCAAGAGAUCAACAGCGACGAGUUUAGGUUGCGCGCCGUCGUCAACGCGGUGUCGCCCACGCUGACGGUGGUGGACGUGCAGGUUGACGCGGAGCCGUGCCCUGCGGUUGGUUUGCCGACGGCGACAGCCGCGGCGGAGGAGGUGCUGACCAAGACGGUGGUGCCUGCCAUUGUGGCGGCUGCGGUGCUGAUCAUGCUUGGCAUCCUGGCCAUGUACGCGGCUUCGCCGCCGAGCUCUCAAGGAGAAGCGCGGCGUCAACAAGGAGACGUUCCACCCGCGCUCGCCAAUUGUGCUGCCCUCCGACCGCCAGCUUGCGCACAACGAGUUUUCACGCCGUGGGCCCACCACGCUCAUCUCGCCGCCCUGGCUCUAUGACAAAGGGCCUGAAGACGAGGACAAGGAGCUGUUGCACGGGCCAGACAGCCCAACGUACAAGGAGUUCCUGGCGCAGUCCAUGCAGCCGCCCCCCUAUCGUGGUCCGCGAGAGGGUGGGGAGUCUGAGACGUACAUGUCUGGCGCCGCUGCACCACAGUACCGUCCACCACCCGCAUAUCCGUAUGAGGCAGGCCGCGCCUUUGAUUUUAGUGCGAGCGCUGGCACCGAUGAGAGCGUGGCUGGGAUGGAGGCAUACACGGGCGAAGGGGUGACAACCAUCACGACGACGACAACGACGACCACGCGCUUUGGCAUGUUCAAGCCCGCCCCGCCGUACAUCGACCCGCCAGAUUACGCGUCUGCGCUGCACAUGGAGCCCACGGAUGGCUCGUAUCCGUUUGUGUUCAUCAACCGCGACACCAUGUACGAUGUGCCCGUGCAGCCCGAGCGCGUGCACGACGUGCGCCUGCCCACCACCAGGACGGGCACCACAGGCAGCAGCACGAGUGCCAGCAGCGCAGGCCCAAGCGCCAGCAGCAGCGCGGCCAGCAGCCACCGCCGCCAGUCGCGGAGUGAGGCUGGGCCGCAAUUCGACUCUGGCAACACAACAUCGCUGCUGGAUGAGACGGCGACAUACGUUGCCACGCCCACAUCUGCAUCGCCGCAACGACAGCGCGCUGGCGGGCGCAGAUCAGAUGCGGGUGAGUUUGGUGACGUGUCGUAUGCACAGGCGCAGCCCCGCGCAUCAGAGCCAACCUACAACAUGGCAGCGGCUCGCCAAAGCGCGGGCUCUGUUGAUGCACGCCAGCAACAGCAACAGCAGCAGCAGCAGCAGCAGCACGAGCCCAUGUAUGAUCGCAGUCGACCAUCGACGGGAACUGUACCGUCCUCGUCGCUACGGGAGCACACAUACGACCGUGGUGUUGGCGGCAGUAGCAGACGCCGACGGGCGGAAUUUGACACGCUGGAUACCUUUGUUGAUGACGACGACGACGACGAUGGUGAUGAUGAUGAUGAGGAGGGUGAUUUUGGAGACGAGCAAGGCGUGUACACGUUCUCGGAGAUGGGCGAUGAAGACGAAGCACAAGCUGACGAUGGCACAUACGCGGCGCCACGACCGACGGGGACCUCUGAAACCUAUGCCACGCCCGUGAGGCAGCAGGAAGAGCAGCACAUUUACGCCAGUGCAGACAACCCGGAUGGCUCUCCUCCCCAGUAGCCUUGCGGUAAACGAGGACGAGAGAAGGAGAGGAGAGAGAAGCGUCUGCUCUUUGUCUGUUCGUGGUUGUGCUUGUGAGAUUCCACCUGCGUUUUACUGCUGUUUGUUAGUGAGGCGAUGAAGAAGAAAGACGCAUGCAUAGGCUGGUCGUGUGUGCGUGUGUGUGUGUGUGUGUGUGUGUGUGUGUGUGUGUGUGUUUGGAGAGGGGUGUGUGUUUGGAGGGAGAUGAUGAGGAGAAAGAGUGGAAGGACCGUUCAUCUUGUUUUAUGUACACAGUUGAUAUCUGGCCAUGUUUCCCAUAAACUUUCGCUUGUUGUCCCCCUUGCACAAACAAAAAC